UUUGACGUGCUGCGCAGGCGCAGAAGGACAGGGACCAGGCUGUGUGUUCGCGGAGCUGAGCCCCUGGAUCUGUGUGAAAUGGCGGAGGUGGAGGAGACACUGAAGCGACUUCAGAGCCAGAAGGGGGUACAGGGGAUCAUUGUGGUGAACACAGAAGGUAUCCCCAUCAAGAGCACCAUGGACAACCCCACGACCACACAGUACGCCAACCUCAUGCACAACUUCAUCUUGAAGGCACGGAGCACGGUGCGUGAAAUUGACCCCCAGAAUGACCUGACCUUCCUUCGAAUUCGCUCCAAGAAAAAUGAAAUUAUGGUUGCACCAGAAGGUUCUGGCUUGUGACAAACUCACAUUGAAUUCCAUCUUUGACACUAAGUAGCUGGGGAAGUCUGAAUCACUGGUUCACCCAGUAUUGGCUGCUCCUGGGAGCUUGGUAAAAAUGCAGAAUCUGGGACUCCACCCCGCACCCACUGACCGGGGACCCUGGGGGUGGGGCCCACCAGUCCUCCAGCUGAUCGGGAGGCUUCUACUUAAGGACCACCCCGCCCCGCCCCGCCUACCCAGACUGGCGCCUGCUGCUGGGGGAGGGGCGUGUGCUUUAUGCCCGGCACCUGCAGGUGUUUUCCUGGCAUGGAAGAGGCCUUGACGACUUUGAUUGCUUCUCUCCCGCCCCUUUUAUGAGCAGUGACUUAAUGAGUUGUUCACACUCUGCUGUGUGUUUCUGCCAUUUUACAUUGAGUGAUUUGUGUUUCUGCUUUUCUCUUUUACAGAUAAAGACUAUUUCCUGAUUGUAAUUCAGAACCCAACUGAAUAAACCAUUCUCUUGGCUCCGUCAUUCCCUAAU